AACAUCUUACGCCGUGGCUAGGCCCCACAUUCGCCAGCGCGUAGCGCACCGCAAGGGUAGGCCCAUGUCGGGUUACAUAAAUUUCGGUUGCCCGAACGGCGUCAACGGCGGCACCGACUUGCCGGACUCCUUCCACCGAGCACCGCCCGAACCCAAGAGUCAUGCCAACGUCGUGCUCGGGGCGCAGUGGGGCGACGAAGGCAAGGGCAAGAUCGUCGAUUUCCUGGCCAGCGAGGCGCACAUUGUGUGCCGGUGUCAGGGUGGUAACAAUGCGGGGCACACAGUUGUCGUGGAGGACGUCUGCUACGAAUUCCACCUCCUUCCCAGCGGGCUGACCAACACAAAAUGCACAGGCAUCAUCGGUGAGUCGCUCACGUAG